UUAAUCGGCCGGCGCGUGCUUUUGGUUGUGUGCGAACAAGUAUAAACGCGGGAUAAUGCACUUGGCCCAAUUAUUUGCACUGGGUGUUUUGCAAACAGAAAUUGGUGUCGCUCGUCAGCGUCUUGUAGGUUUGCAUGGCACAACAGCAUGAGGGCCUCGCAACGCAGCAGGCUGCUCAGGGCCGUCGCCGCCGGCCUGCUGCUCCUCGCCCUCGCCACCCUCCACCAUGCGCCCCUCGCCCCCCGCGGACAAACCUUCAUCCAGAAGGUGAUGUUGCCGUACUGGCGGACGCGGCGACAGGCGCCGUUCAGUGCGCUGGUGGAUGAUGUUAGUUCGCUAAACGACGCAACCCUGAGGGCAGAGUUUGACAAGGUCAUUAACCUGGCGCAGUUCGACGACUCUGCCAAGUACAAAAUCGUCUCCAAUUUUGCCAUCGCCAACCAAGACUUCUCGCAAGAGCCGGCGUGCGUGGCUGUGCAGAUUUCGCUGAACCAUGUGUCCAAGCUGCUCGAAUUUGUGAUGCACUGGCCGGCGGCAAUUUCGCUGUCCCUCUUUGCAGCCGGCACUGACUUCUACUUUGCCGUCCUCUACAUUCGCUUCCUCCGCAAGUGUUUUCCCCGCAUCAGAAAUCAGGUAACGUGGCACUUGGCGUUUCCGACGCGGAUGACGCCAAACGUAAGCGACUUGGAACUGCUGCGGGUCGAUUUCGAGUGUUCAGCGUCGCUGGACGAGCUGGACAAGUUCAUGGCCGGGGUGCCGCGCGAUUAUCGUGAGGUGGCGCGACGCCGACGCGGCGUCAAGUACCCGCAAAACGUGUUGCGGAACGUGGCGAGGCGCGGCUGCCGCAGCGAGUGGGUCGUGUGUCCUGACGUGGACAUGGUCUUCCCCAGGUCGGGCAACACCUACGAAUCCCUGGCCGCCUUCCUACGCAAAUCGGAGACCAACCGCUGCCAAAUGUGCGCCUUCGUCUUCCCUGUCUACGAGAUCGAGAACAAGGAUCACGUCGUGCCCAAAGACAAACAUGAUCUGCUCCAGUUUGUGGCCAACAACUCGGCUCGCCAGUACCACAUCGAGGUUUUUGAGCCAAACCAAGCUUGUUCUAAGUUGAAGAAUUGGGAGGCAAUCGCGAGGAACAACAGUGCCGAGUCGACGGAGGUACGCGUGGCUUAUGAGGUUAAAUACAAGUUCUGGUACGAGCCCGUCUACGUGACCAAGCAAGGCAGUCCCAAGUUCGACGAGCGCUAUGUUGGCUACGGCAUGACCAGAAACACCCAGGCGCUGGAGAUGGCACUAUCAGGGUACCGUUUCUUCCUGCUAGACAACACGUUCCUGAGCCACCUUUGGGGCUUCCAGCACAAGAACCGAUCAGACUUGGCUCGGUCGCGGCAGACGAGCCACAACCACAGGCUCUUUUGUUCGCAGCAUGUGCGAGAACUCGCCGUCCGCUUCGACUCGGACAAAUUCAAGCUGCUAAAGAUGCAGCACCGCUACUACACGCAAUUCAAAAUUGCCGUCCAACAGAGCACCAAGCAAAUUAACUUGCGCUUCCACCCUGACUACUUCAACUUCGAAGAUCUCAACAACACCAUGGACGGUUACGACAAUUACGUCCAACCUGCCUUCGACGGCAACAGCUGAUUUCUUUUAGUUUUUUUAAAUAAAGUUCCGAUUUGUAUAAAAUUAGCAUAU